AAGCUCUCGAAACGUGACGGUGGCAGAUCACAUGACCGUAACUCAUUCCCUUGUUCUCGACGGCGAUGGCGUUCUCGUCGAGUGCAGGAGAGACAUGCAUGUCCUUGGCCGUCUCCCUUCAGUCAGGUCCGGAAAGUCGAUCCUUCGAGGAAGUACGCAUCGCCGAUUACCUCGCUUCGUACCGCGCGACAGGGCGUCCGCCACAGCCAGCACCCGCAUAUCCCACGGAUGCCGCCUUGCGUAGUUCGCAGGGAUUGCCGCCGCUCUUCGUUCCCGCACCCUUCCCAAACUCCACCUCCACUGCGCCAUCGACUUCCGCCUCGACUUCCGGUGCACCGUCGAUCUUCGGCAUAUCGAGCGCGCCUUCUACUUCAAGUGCAGCAACUAUCAAGGACCCGACUCAGCUUCCGCAGACUCAAGCCUUCAACGAGAUGCUUCCGGUCAACACCCAAACUUCAUCGUCUUCCCUCGCUACUGAAAAGGAAUUAUUCACCAGCAUAGUUGCCACCCCGACCUAUCUGUUCUUCUCCCCUGAAGAGCUCAGGUACUACUCGUAUGCCAGGCGGAUACGAGAACCUCCACCUGGAACACCUAUGUUUCCGUUCACCGUCGUUCCUUUGGCUAGUAGUGGAUCCCAUUCCGCGGCGGGAGGGGUUUUGGAUGGCACGGAUAAGUUGGUGAGCAUCGUUGCGCAGCCCGAUUUCGCCAAGCAUAGUCCCGAAGAACUCCGGAUUGCAUUCCUAAAAGCAGGCACCGAGCUCAACUCUGCACAAAUCCUUUCAGGUUCCAUCCCGUCGAAACCUGCUGCAUCCAAUGUAUCACCAUUCGCUCCGUCGCAACCUUCAGCAUCACCUUUCGCUCCGCGACCAGCAGGGUCGUCUUUCGCACCGCCGCCGCCGAUUGCAUCGACCACCGGCUCCUCCAUAUUUUCCGGAUCAGCCUUUGGCUCGCCACCCGUCCCGAUUCAGCCGAACGUUUUCGGGCAAGCAUCAGCACCAGCACCCGCAACUGGGGGUUUCUCCUUUGGCCAACCUGCAGCUGCUGUCCCGCCCCCAGUGAUAGCCACUACCGGGUUCUCCUUCGGUAGCUCAGCGCCUGUGCCCCCAAAUCCGACGCCCGCUGCAGGUGGAUUCUCGUUCGGACAGCCGGCUCAGCCAGUGACAGCAGCCCCAACGACCUUUUCGUUCGGGAGCUCGGCACCUGCCGCUCCGGCUCCGAGCGCGUUCGGGGCGCCCGCUGCGGCGCCCGCUGCAUCGGGCUUUUCGUUUGGACAGCCUCCAGCACAGCAGCAGCAGCAGCAGCAGCAACAGCCGGCAGGAUUUUCGUUUGGGACACCAGCUCCGGCGCAACAGGCGACGGGAUUCUCGUUUGGGGCGACGGCGGCUCCAGCGGGUGGCGGGUUCAGCUUUGGGACAAGGAGAAUGUAAUAUCUAGGAAAUGAAUAUACCAGAUGCUUAGCCAUGCGUUUCAUCGAACUCGCCCGAAGGAGUGGUGUCUGGAGCGGUUGGGUGCUGAAGUGCCUGCCGGGGAAUAGGAGUAGUCGGUUACUAGCGUGUCAUACAUUUGGACGACAUCCUGCGGAGCAGUCGCGAGACUUCUCGCAUGGUCUUGGAUUCUUUCAGUCAGAGACAGUGGGUGCUCACCCAACCGGUCGAGAUCAGAGCGCUGACUUAUGAAGCGUCGGGCCAAAACGCGCGUGCUUCCGGAUUGAAUGUUGUGAGUGAGAUUGCCAAAUGAGAUGCCUGGAUGAAGUAUAGGUAGUAAUUAUAUACAUACAUAAUGCGAUGCGAUGCCAUGAAAGUAAGUGUGCAAACAGCCCGAGGGCCAGUCUAGUCGCUACUACGCUUCCUUCUUCUCGGUCUUGGUAGGGGUCGCCUGCCGCGAGUCAAGCAGGUGAUCCAAGCCCGAAGGCAUGAUCACUCUCGGUUUGAGCAGGAUGCGGCGAGUCCAUCCCCCCGCGGCCGUCUUGUCUGAGCGAGUGAGUCCCAGCUCACAUGUGCACAACACAGUUUCGCCAGGUUCUGCUCGGCUCUUGACGAUCGCGUCCCUCAUGGUCUCGGGAUCAAAUGCGACCCCUGGUGUGGCCGAAAGCGUCUUGAGCUCGCAUGCAGUGACCUCGGCUCCGAUGGCUUUGUUGAGGCCCAAAGCCAAUCGCACGAGCCUCAAUAUUCGAUCGGCGAAUCGUGCCGAGAUGAGCUCGUGCAGUGUGCUGGGAUCGCUGGCGAAGCCCGCAGUGAGCAGGACGUUGACGAAAGCGUCGACGAAGUAUUCGCCCAGCUCCGGCUCGCCAUGAAUAAGUUCCUGCACAUGGGAAAGUGUCAGUGCUCGCCAGCGGCCGGCGGUGGCUUGGUCCUGCCCCAUGCGGAUGCGAUGAUAGAUGUCGGUGAGCAGCUGCUCGUCCUCUGGAUCCUCGAAGAACCACGAUGUGCUCAUCCACCGGGAGUACUCGAUCAUCCCGCCUUGGAAGGCAAUGCGGAUAAUGGUCUGGUCGUCGCUGUGGUCCGAAACGCGCAGGAUCUCCACCAUGGCAGGGCCCAGUAUCUCCGUGGUGCGUUCGUAGACCUCAGCCAUGUCCUCGGAUUCGGCGGGUCCCGCUUCAGACUCGGACGGCGACUUGGGUUCGAAUUCAAACUGGUGCGCCAGAUAAGCAGCGGUGUCUUCGAUCUCCGUAUUCAGCGCUUGGAUUAGUACGAGUACCGCUUGGUCGGUCAGUCGGUCCUCCAGUCGUGCUGCAGCUAGAAUCGCUUUCGACUCCCGCAGUUCUUUUUCCUUCCACUGCGCUCGAUCCAAGGCCUCUCUGUUCUCCGCCAUCAGACGCGUGUUCUCCUCCCCCAGCUGCGCGCGUGUUUCGAUGAGCUCCUGGACACGUGCUGCCAGGGCAGCCUCCAACGCAUGUUUCUCCUUUCCAGCAUCAGCAAGCGAGGUCUCUGCCGCUUGCAGUCGAGCGUGCAGCGCUUGAAGCUCGGCUUCUAGAGACGCCGUCUGAUCGCGCGAGGCUUCGCUAACAUGGACUCCGGCAGAAGCGCCGGCGUCUUGAUCCUCGAUUGACUUGGUUAGCGAAGCUUCUGCUUGAGUGGUGGUCGAGUUUUGCCCAUUCUGCUCGCUGUCUCUAUCGCUCUGCUCUCCGCUGUGUCCGUUCUGAGACUCAUCGUCCUCCUUUCCCCUCGUUUUGUCUUUCCCUUUCUUCGACGCUUGGUGCCGCCGCAGAGCCUUGGCCACGAAGGGCAGCGCGAGAACCGCCAUUGCGACAAAAGUGACGAUGUACGACGUGACGGAGGAAGACGAGGUUUUUUCGGUGGCUUGUGGCAGUGAGUCACUUGUGAAAAUCUUCGCGGUGGUGUCACUGGGGAGGAUGGGGGCGGCUGCAGACAUAGACUACGUGUGAGGGAGUUCGCGUGUGCAUCACCGAGUCAGGUCGACCAACAUGAGGUGCGGGCGUGUCGCUCCGGUUAUAAGUAUUAUGUGUAGCGUCACCCUGGACGUGGGUCGUGGGUCGGGAGUUCCGCCGCACACAGCGUCAUCGGCCACGAGGCCGCGGUUCCUCUGAUUAUCUGUGGAAUCA